UAUUUCAAAUUAAUUGAACAUUUUCAGGAUUGAUAGAAUCAUCUGUUAUAUCUCUCCUGCAGGCUGCCACUAGCACUCCAGACGACGAGUCAACAAGCUAGGAGAGAUACAUGGCGCAUCUGCUUCGUUUCCAAGAUAUCUUUCAUGUCCUGUUCAAUGGGUUUAGUAUUCUUCUCUUUAACUUUCAUGUACACCAUCAAGAGCCCACUACGGAGUGGAAUUUAUCAUGCUUUUACAAACAAAACAAUUUUCCAGGCCAUUUCCCCUGAAUUAAAACUCCAAAACACUUCAAAGAAGAACGAACAAUCAUUACAGCAUCCCAAGAGAGUGAAUAUCAUUUUGAUGUCUUUUCCACGAUCGGGAUCUUCAUUUCUGGGCGCAAUUUUCCACCAGCACCCAGGAGUUUUCUACCUUUUUGAGCCAUUAGGUCCUUUGCAAAACAGUUUAACCAAAGCUGCAGGUUUCGAGUUUGAGCAUUCAUCGCCAUCUCAUCAAAAGAAGGCAUUUGAAUUUUUCAGACAUGAUGAACUGCAAGUUUCAGUUGACAGUGGCCUCUUUAUCCGUCACCUUGUCCCGAAAGUUCGUAAACGUACCCUUGCCCUAAACUCUCCUCCAUUUUGUGUCAAAAAUGGAAAAUCUACCGUGUGUCACAAGUUAACACCACAACAACUUGAAACCGUAUGUAAUAAUAAUUACAGUGUGUUUGCUGCGAAAAUAUUCACACCUAGAAUAUCAAUUUCUCAUAAUGACUGGAACAAAAAUGUUUUGCAAAGUUGUUCUUCCAACGGUGCGAGUGAAUGUAAAAUAAUUCAUUUGGUCAGAGAUCCAAGAGCAGUUGUUGAGUCCUUGAAGUCUCUGAAUUUUUUCAGGCAACCAAAUGAGCCUAAACGUGAAUUAUCAUGGUAUGUGGAGAGAAUUUACCAUCAAAAGGAGUUUGAUUUAAAGAUUGGGAAGUUGAUUAGGACAUUUCUACCUGAUGGGUACAACUUAAUCCGGUUUGAAGCUGUUGCUCUGAAUCCAUUGCCAGUGGUGAGUGAUCUGUACAACUUUACAGGAAUUGAAAUGUUAGAUACCAUCAAGAAAUGGCUGCAAGAGGCAACAACAUCACGAAAUGGUCGCAGAGGAGGUCCCUACAGCACCAGUCGUGACUCAAAGAAAGUUGUUUCUAAUUGGAGAACAAGAAUGAGCUCGUCAAAUGUACAGAUUGUUGAAAAUUACUGUAGAAGAUUGAUGAGACAAUUGAAUUACACAUUAAACAGCACACCAUAG